GUGACACUGUGCCUGCCGCGAUCAUGCCCGUUACUUCGUGCAGGGGUUUAGUGAAAGAAGGCACCAUGUGAGAUGAAGCACAGGGCAGGAGUGCGCUCCAACAGUGUGGGCAGCGUGCGACGUGGGCUGGGUGCCUCGAACUGUCCAAGGUUGAGUUUAUUCCUGCCCCAUGAGCAUGGUUUGGAGAACCCACCCAGGACCGCCAGCUCCAUGGACAAUAUCCUUCAGAUGAUGGAGGUCGCCUGGCGUCAAAUCAGCGCAGCCAGAGGCAGCACUGUCAAGCUGGCCAAUCCAGAACACAACCUGUUGGUGAGCUUGGAAUCUGCCCGGGACUUCAUGCUUGGUAUGCUGACCGAACCAGAUCCUGGACGCAGACAUCUUGAAGAGGUCUUUGGAGGCGAUUGCAGCAGAAUUGCGCAGGUUCGGGCUAUCCUGGAUGCCGUGAAGCUUUCAAGUAGAAUCGUCGGCGACGACCGCGUCAUCUCUUGCAUGAAUGCAGUGAAGUCCGUCGAGAGUGUCCUCAAGAAGGACUGCGGGGCUGCCGCACGCCUUUCAGAGGCCCAAAGAAAGGAGUUGAAGAGGAUACAUGACAAGCAAAGUAGGUUUGAAGCGAGACAUUUACGUGGAGAGUUUUCGCCCUUGAAGAGCAGCACUGCCAGGCAGUCUUUCCUCUUGAGCGCAACUGGUCGAGGUGAAGAAAUCGUACCAGCUGUAAGUGGCAAUUUCUCCCGGCCGCGGAGUGCUUCAACCUCUGCGAUUGGAGGAGAUGACGAUAAUGAGAACUGGAAGGCUCUCAGAGACACCUGGGAAUCUGGAAGCCUUUUUCACACACGGGUCGAAGCGUUAAAAGAGCCUCAACGCUCCGAAAACGCGGACGUCAAUGGUUGCAGAAGUAGAUCAUCGUCGAGCUCAGAGGACUCUGCCAUUGAAGCAGAGCUGGGCAAAGAAGAGAUGGGGAAAGUCCAGGUCGACACGAGAGAACCUGAAGAAUCUCUUCAGGCCAGUGAAGCUUUGGAGAAAAAUAGCCCGGAGGUGGAUGAUCAGCAAGCAGGAUACAAGGACCCAAAUCCUCCAGGCAGCCGUGAGGAUGAACGUUUUGCAAGUGAGCAGAUCUUUGAUCCAGAGCAACCAGCUGGUGAGGACUCAGACUCGGAUUCUGAUGUCCCAAUGCCAGAGAACUGGGGUGUCCAACGGCAGAAGAGAGGUAGUAUAAUCAGACCAGUGGAGCUGCCCCAGCAUUUGCUGGAAGCUGCCAAGCUUGCCGGAUAUGGAGCCGGGUUGCUGGAUGUGGUCGAAUUCCAAGUGGCCUGCCACGAGGAAAAGAUUGGCAUUGCCUUCAAGAUUCUGCCGCCUGCUGGACACCUGGUGGUGGAAAGGAUUACACCUGGAAGCCCAGCUGAAGCUUUGAUGCUGCCGAAGGGAAGACUCUUGUGCGUCAACGGAGUGCACACAGGUUCCAUUGAGGCCAAGGAGUUCUUUGGUUUGAUGGAGCAGCGGCCCUCCAGCUCCUCUUCUUGCGUCCCAGUUUGAAGAUGGGGUAGAUUGGUCCAAUUUGAUUGGCGGCAACGGCAAGUUGCCUGUUAAUGAGCCUAGUUAGAACGGCGCGAAUGUGCCACUUGCCCUGCAGUCAACCUGCAGCACAUGUGCAAAGAUGUCCUGGCGAUGGCAAACCAUCUUCAGGAGACACUCCGAUCGUUUUCA